GAAUCACUGCCUGGAAUGGGUCUGCCCCUCUCUUUAGCCACUAAGGCAGAGCUUCUCUGUGGGUGGAUCCUGGCACCCCAGGGCAAACUCUACGGGGCGGAGCCUCACCUGCCACGGGGCUCCCUCCCCCAGUCUCCGCCCACCGCGCCGGGGUCUGUGCUUGCGCUCUGUCAGGUGGUCCGAGCACCGCGAGAGCCAAGUGUAGGCUCAGCCGGCACCCAUCUCCCAGGCUCCAGCGGCCCAGUAACUCCGGGUCCGACCGCCACAACUUGCACAGCCCCUGCUCCCCCGCGCCGCAGCCUUGCUACGCGCGCCCGGGGCGGAUCCAGUCGGGCAGAGAACGGGCGGUCCCGGGCGGGUCCCAGGGCUCUGAACCACGGACCCCUGCCCAGCACAGAGGACCGUACCCGCGCCUGGAGAAGAGGCAGCAGGGAGCACAGCAUGGGGAUGCGCUGCUGCUGGCGGCGGCGCGGGUUGGCGGCCGCGUGUCUAGGCGCGGCUUUCCUGCUCAUGUGCACCGCGCCGCGCGCCCUGCGCCCAUCCCCGCGCAGCAGGCGCACGCGCCGGGCGGCCUGCCCUCGCUCGCCGACUUCGGCCCCGCCGAGAUCAACCGGCGCCUGCGCGCCUACCUGGCCUUCCUGUUCGUGCGCGAGCCCUUCGAGCGCCUGGCGUCCGCCUACCGCAACAAGUUCGCCAGGCCCUACAGCGACGCCUUCCGGCGGCGCUACGGCACGCGCAUCGUGCGGCGCCUGCGGCCCGGCGCGCAGCCCGCCGCCCUGGCCCGGGGCCACGACGUGCGCUUCGCCGAGUUCCUGGGCUACCUGCUGGACCCGCGCACGCGGCGCGACGGGCCCUUCAACGAGCACUGGGAGCGCGCGCAUGCGCUCUGCCACCCGUGCCGCGUGCGCUACGACGUGGUGGGCAAGUUUGAGACGCUGGCGGAGGACGCCGCCUUCGUGCUGGACCUGGUGGGCGAGCCGGGCCUCAGUUUUCCGCCGCCGCCACGGCCCAAAGCGGCUGCUGUGCGAGACCAGGCCGCACGCCUCUUCCAGGACAUCAGCCCUUUCUACCAGAGGCGCCUCUUCGACCUCUACAAGAUGGAUUUCCUGCUCUUCAAUUACUCAGCCCCCUCCUACCUGCGGCUGCGUUAGUGGCGGUGGUGUCCCCCAGAGGGUUGCAGACCUGGGGUGAAACCCGAGAAUGUGCAUUUCGGACAGAAUCUAAAGAUACGCUGCUGCUACUGCCCAAGAAACAGAGAGGCCCUGCACACCUGGGCACAGGUCACACCUCACCGGGUUUGGGUGCAGCCCUGCGCAGUGACCAGGCCUGCCUCUGCCUGUGGCUCCAUGCCUGUUUCUUCUCUCCGCUCCAGGGGAUGGGCACAGCUCAGCUCUUCUGCGUGGGCAAAGACUCCGUAAACCAUUCGGGAGUGGGGCUGGGAGAGGCCAACUGUGUGGGGAUCAAGUGCCCCUGAACCCGUCCAUGACGAACUAGGCAGAAUGGUGACAUCUGGCUCAGCGUGGCCACUUCACCUAUCCUGGCAAGGACAGACCUGGCCGCGGAUGAGCCCUCCCUGCCCAGGUGCUGCCUUGGGCUUCGGUCUUGCAGGAUGCCCGUUCCUCCUGUGUGCCAGCAGAGCCCAGUGUGCAGCAUGGUGCUAGGGAUUUUAGGGCCUUGGUCAGCUAGGACAGUCGUGUUUUAAAAAUAAAUGUUUUGUUACUUUUUGGA